AUGGCGGCUCGCAUACCCACUCCUUCGCUGUCUCCUCCACCUCCACCGCCCACCAUGAUCCCGCAGAACGCAACCUUGCCAGGGCGCAUCAACACCGCGACUAGGAAGCAGCACACCGAACUGAACCGCUUGUUGAUCAAUCGACUGCCACUCUCCCUUCCUCCGCAUCAGGAAACGCCGCUUCUGUACAGCAAGGGAAUUGUUCCAUUCGCUAGAAUCUUCAUACUCUUUGAGAUUGAGUGGGAACUUCUCACGCGUCAAGUCGAGAACAAGCCUGCGUCGAGCUCCAGUCAUGAUCAAGAGUUGCGUGAAUGGCUGGCAAACCUCCGUCCAAAAGGGCUGGCGAGGUCACAUCGAUUGAGGAACGAUCUAAAGCAUCUUAGACUCGUGGCAGGACCUACCAUGUUCGACACACCUGACCUUGGCACGGAAUGGACGAGGAAGAUGCGGAGUCUGGUGCGCAGCAAACCUCAUGUAUUUGUGGCCUUUGCAUGGGUAUUCUACAUGGCAGUGUUUAGCGGCGGGAGGUGGAUAAGGCAGCAACUAGCCAACGCUGGGCCUGAAUUUUGGACACAACAAGCCAGCACACUGCAGGUCGACAAGGGCGAGCAGUCUCCACUACUCGAAUUGCCUGGCUUUUCAUUCCUCUCCUUCGACGGCGACCAGGACGGAGAAGAUCUGAAAGCGCUCUUCAAAACUCGGCUUGCAGACGCUGAACGCAUUUUUACUGAGGAAGAGAAGCAAGGCGUCGUCGACAUUGCGGGGGAGUUAUUUGAUCGCAGCAUUUGUCUUGUCACGGAGCUGGACCGGCGAGUGUCGAGGCAGCGGAUCUUGAGCUGGAUCCCGACGAUUCUGCUGGCGGUCGUGGGUGUUUUUGGGUUGGUGCUGGGCUUCUGCUGGAAUGGCGGCUUGGUUCGCGGUUUAUGA